GGGGACUACAUUACCCAGAAUGCUCAGAGCCGAGCGGCAACCUCGCUCUCCAGUGAGAACUUAGAACAGAGGAGAUUCCUCGUUGGCUCAUUUUUUCUGGGGGCGGGAUUUCUGGGUCUCCCUUGGCGGCCAUGUUAGCUGCUCUUGGUUUUGUUCACUGUCCGAGACUCUGGAGUGGGGAGUCAGGGUUGUGGUGCCGGGUCCGGAAACCUCGAGAGUCGUGGUCCCGCUCCAUAAUCGCGGCUGUUCGACUCCACGGCCUAUAUGACCCGCGGCAAGGCCAAAACAGGAACCCCCGUGCCAGUGCCCUGGGCUCCCUCCUCGUCUGCCACUCCAGCCCUGUCCCGCCCAAAGAGCCUGAUGGCGGCACCCGCACGGAGGCCCCCGGCUGAGGGCAGGGUGACCUUUGAGGAUGUGGCCGUAUACUUCUCCUUGGAGGAAUGGGAUCUCCUUAAUGAGGCUCAGAGACAUCUGUACCACGAUGUGAUGCUGGAGAACCUGGCACUUAUAACCUCCUUGGGUUGUUGGCAUGGAGCCCAGAAUGAGGAGGUACCAUCUGAGCACCGUGAUUCUUUACAAGGAGUGUCACAGGUCUGGACUCGCAAGGCAGGUGUGUCUCCCCAGAAGGCCCAUCCUUGUGAGAUGUGUGGUAUGGACUUGAGAGACAUUUUGCACUUGAUCAAGCACCAGGGAACACGUCAUGGGCAGAAACUGUGCAAGAUAGGGGCAUGUGAGAAGCAGUUGUAUGUCAGUGUGGAACUUCAGCAUCAGAAGCAGCACAUGGGAGAGAAGUGCUUCAGGAACAACAUGGGCAGAGCCUCCGUUGUAAAGGACUGCAAAUUCUGUAUGUCAGGGAAACCCUUUUCCUAUGGAGAGGCUGUGAGGGAUUUCCUAGCCAGCUCAGGAUUUCUCCAGCAUCAGGCUGCAUGCACCAAGGAGAAGACAAAGAGGAGAACUGAGUGUGGGGCAGCCUCUCACAGGGGAAAAACUAUAUGUAACUCUGGAGAAUACACAAAAGACUUCAGUUGCAAACGCACACUUGUUGAACACCAGAGAGUUUUCACUAGAGAAAGAUGCUACAUGUGCAGUGAAUGUGGAAAGUCUUACAGCAAAAGCUAUAGCCUCAAUGACCAUUGGAGAGUUCACACUGGGGAAAAGCCUUAUGAGUGUGGGGAAUGUGGGAAGUCCUUUAGGCAAAGCUCUAGCCUCAUUCAACACCGGAGAGUUCACACUGGAGCAAGGCCUCACAAGUGUGACUUAUGUGGAAAAUUAUUUAGCAACAAGUCCAACCUCAUCAAACACCGAAGAAUUCACACUGGAGAAAGGCCUUAUGAGUGUAGUGAAUGUGGGAAAUCCUUUAGUGAAAGCUCUGCACUCCUUCAACACCGGAGUGUUCACACUGGAGAAAGGCCUUAUGAGUGCAGUGAAUGUGGGAAGUUUUUUACCUACCACUCCAGUCUCAUAAAACACCAGAGAGUUCACUCUGGAUCAAGGCCCUAUGCAUGCAAUGAAUGUGGAAAAUCCUUCACUCAAAACUCCAGCCUCAUUGAACACCGCAGAGUUCAUAGUGGAGAAAGGCCUUAUAAAUGCAGUGAAUGUGGGAAAUCUUUUAGCCAAAGCUCUGCGCUUCUACAGCAUCGGAGAGUUCACACUGGAGAAAGGCCUUAUGAGUGCAGUGAAUGUGGGAAGUUCUUUACUUACAGCUCCAGUCUCUUAAAACACCAGAGAGUUCACACUGGAUCAAGGCCUUAUGAGUGCAGUGAAUGUGGGAAAUCCUUUACUCAAAACUCUAGUCUCAUCAAACACAGGAGAAUUCACACUGGAGAAAGGCCUUAUGAGUGUAGUAAAUGUGGGAAAUCUUUUAGCCAUAGCUCCAGCCUCAUUAAACACCAGAGAGUUCACACUGGAUAAAGGCCUUGGGAGAAUUGGAAUGUGGGAAGUUAUUUACCUUUAACUCCAGGCUCCUAAAACACUGGAUCACAUUGGAUGAAAGCCUUGAGCAUGGCAUUGUGAGAUAUCAUUUACCAAGAGCCAGCCUCAUUACAUCUAGAGCAGGGCUGUCAAACUCAUUUUCACCGGGGGCCUGACAAGAACCUCUUGGGCCUGACAUCAGCCUGGCAGUUGCCUUCAAAGGGCCAAAUGCAAUUUUAGGACUGUGUAAAUGUAACUACUCUGUAACAGUUAAGCGAGAGCUCAGCGUUGCCACUGGUAGAAACAAGGUGCCAGGCUGGAUAAAACAAGGUGGAAGGCCAGAUUUGGCCCAUGGGCCUUGUGUUUGCCACCUGUGAUCUAGAGAAUUCACAGUGGAGAAAGGUCUUGUAAGUGCAGUGAAUAUGAGAAGGCAUUCAGUCAAAGGACUUGCUGUAUUGGAUACCACAGAUUUCAAAUGGGAGAACUGCCUUAAUUGCACAGGUAUAUACUAUAUUUUUGUUCAGUGAGCCAGCACUGGAGGAGGUCCUUUAUGAAGGUGCCAUUUGCCUGUAUUGAGCCUCAUACAUGUAAACAUCUACAUAAAUUUCAGGUAUGUGGGAAUGGCAUUGCACUUUUUUACCUGCCCAGGGCCGUGGCCAGAUUUACGUCACUGGCAGUUUGUAGCAGAAGCCAUUUCAUGUCUACCUCCUGGCUGCAGCCCACAGUGUGCAACAUUUAUCCAUCUCACAAUGUUCAGGAAGUAAGCCCCAGUGUGCUGUCAUUUGCAGAAUGAUGCAUCAAUAACCUGAGCACUUAACUCUUUCCCAAUUUUUCCUCUCUGAUGAGUUAGUGCAUGGACCUUACCCAGUUUUGGCCUAGGGCACUGUUGGGACUACAUUUUUCAGGGAUAUUGUUGGUUUCAUGUGACUUCUGUGAUGGCAUUUUCUAGCCUCCAAGUCACCAACCCAGGAACUGUGCCUAUCAUUGCUCUUGUUUGUAUGACAAUAAAGGUCUUUUUAAUCUUGGGGGUUCUAGUCACUGUUCAGGGUGCUUUGAAAUUAACUGGGUUUGUUAGAAUGUGGGGUGAACAGCUUUGGCUGGGAUCCCAAACUGUGUGCCUCAGAGUGUAUAUAUAGUAUGACGGUAGAAUAUACCUCUUCAAGUAUGGCCUAUUUUGCAUUGCUGCUCAGAGCCUUUAAGGAAAGACUUCAGAGCUUUGGGCUCCUAUUUUGUAGCUUGGAUACCAUGACUUUUAUAGGUUCAGAGUUCAACCUGAGGAGGGGGUCCUUGUGACAACCCUCGGUGCUUCUGAGAGCAGUGUGAACUUGUUCUCUUCUUCACAGGGGCUAUUGUGUCAUGCCCAGCACUGGUGAGAGGACAUCUGUCCCACAGGUCCUGCAGCGGAGCUGUGGGCUCUGAUGUCCUGAAUCUGUGGGAUAAUGUCACUGGUUUUAAGAUCAUGGGGUCCAGGAGAAUGAUUGUUGUUAUAGAAACACUGGAUUAAUAGAGUGGAGGAAACUGCCAUAAACUGGUUAGCAGGCUCUGCCUUUAUUUAUUUGUGGACCUCUUCUGAAAGGUCCACAAUGUUUAGUACCUAUAGCUGUGAAGGAUGAGCGGGUACAGAUGUUCUCAGGCCCUCCAGGAACUAUGUAUCUUGUGUAGCUAAGGGUCCUGUCAGAGAAAAUGUAAAGGUUUGUGGGUUUCUGUGGCCCCUCUGGGCUGUUUACCUAAGGUCACCGCUGUGCAGAAACACAAGAAAGAUCUCAGUUCAGCAAUGUGGUCUUCUUGACCUAGUCAGCGUUCCUGUGAGUAAAGUGGAAACACCCUUCAGUGUUCACCUAUUUUUGCUGCCACUCAGGCAAGUGUCUGCCUCAUGAGGAGAGAGGAUGUGGAGUCAGUUCAGCUGCCAAGCCUGAUUUUCUAAAGGGUAAGAAAUCCAGACUUUAAUUUGAACCUAUUUUUCAAGUUUUAAUAAGGUAUAAACAACAUGCAAUAAUCUAUCCAUAUUUAAACUGUAUAACUGUAUAAAUUUUGACAUUCAUGCAAACCCCUGAAACCAUCAGACAUAAUAAUAAACCUUUCCAUCACCCCUAUAUUUACCUUGUGUCCUUUAAUAAUCACUGUCCUCCAGGCAGCCACAGAUUUGCAUUUGUAAUAAUAGAUUGGUUUGCAUUUUCUAAAAUUUUAUAUGACUGAAAUCAUAAAGUGUUUAGUGUUUUCCUUGGGUUCCCUAAUGUGACAUAUUUAUUUUGAGAAUCAUCAGUGUUGCUUAUUUGAGUAGUUUAUUCUUUUUAUAUUGUUCACUAGCAUGUUACAUUAAUGUACCACCAUUCAUCUGUUUAUGGAUAUUUUAACUGUUUCUAAUUUUGGCCAUUGCAAAAACUGGACAAAGUUCAUAUUGAUAUGUUUCCUUUCUCAUGUUAAUACUGUGAGGUGCAAUACCCGAGUCCGAGUAAACAUUAAUGUAUAACUUUAAGAAACACCAAACUGUCAUCUAAAAUGAUUGUUCCUUUUGUAUUUUUACCAGCAGUAUAUACAGGUUCCACUUCUCGCAUGGCCUUGCUAAUAGUGCAUAGGCCUGGUCUUUUAAAAUUUUGAUCCUUUUAGUAAAUGUGUAGCAGUAUCUCACUCUGA